AGAGAGUCGUUAGGGGGCGGAGCGUCGAAACCGAAAGUAAACUGUGGGGAUUUCCCGGUUAUUUGCCCUCCGUGAAUUUUUGUCAAAAAGAGCAAGGAGACUGAAGUGUUGGAGGAGGGUUGAACUGAAGAGAUGGCUGAGAGGAGGAAGAAGAGGAAGCUCAGUGCUCCUCCGUCUGAGGAGUCUGAACAGCCAAUCAGCACCAGCGCUGAACUUAUCAGUGAUACCGAGUCCACAGCACCCAGCGUUGUUUCUAUGAAGAGUGAUGGAUCCAUGUUCAAGGGGAUUGAUUUUGGUCACAAAGACAAUCAAAGCCAGACGACGGGGAGUUCCACAGCACCCAGCGUUGUUUCUAUGAAGAGUGAUGGAUCCAUGUUCAAGGGGAUUGAUUUUGGUCACAAAGACAAUCAAAGAGAGCAGAGAGGGAGUUCCCCAGCACCCAGUGAUGUUUCUAUGGAGAGUUAUUCAUCAACGUUCGAGCCGAUUCUUUUUGGUCAAAAAGACAAACAAAGCCAGAAGACGACACCCAGCUUUGUUUCUAUGAAGAGUCAUUCAUCAAUGUUCGAGCCGAUUCUUUUUCGUCAAAAAGACAAACAAAGCCAGCUGACUGGGGAGUCAUCCAGUUGUUCAGUGUGUAAGGAGGCUUUAAGGGAUCCGGUCCAUUUCGCCUGUGGACACUGGUCAUGCAAACAGUGUGUUGGCUCAGACUGGGACCAGAGUGAUUUAACAGAAGUCUACCCCUGCAAGAAGUGCGGAAAAAAACCCAGAAACCUCCAGAAAAACAUUGAGGAAUACAUUAGGGACAGUCCUUUUUUGGCAGAAAAGAAGUUUAAAGAAGCAAUUCAAAACAAGUUUAAGAUGGUAUCUGAAGGUAAUGGUGACCCAGGGAACUCUCUGGACAGCAUAUUCACAGCGCUCUUGAUCACCACUCAAGAAAGUGAAGGGCCUCAUGAUGAACAUGUUUUCAGAAGUAUCAAACAAAAGUCGGCACCAGAAUCUCCUAAAAAAACGGUCAACCUCAGUGACAUCUUCAACUUUCUGCCUGGACCAACCAGAACAGUCCUGACGAAGGGCGUGGCAGGAAUUGGAAAAUCAUUCACUGUGCAGAAAUUCAUUCUUGACUGGGCCGAGGGGAGAGAAAACCAGGACAUUGAUUUCAUUUUCUGUCUUGCUUUCAGAGAGAUCAAUUUGAGUAAAAAUGACAAAAGUCUGCAUCAGCUUCUGACUGAAAGUCACCCUGUACUCCACGAACUUAAGAAUUCAGAGGAUCUUGUGAGAGCCAGGGUCAUAGUGAUCCUGGAUGGCCUGGAUGAAAGUCGGUUUGAACUGGACUUUAAGAACAAGAAGGUAACAUCUGUCAGUGAAGUAACAUCUGUGGCUAAUCUCCUUGCAAACCUCAUCGAGAGUAACCUUCUUCCGAAUGCUAAACUCUGGAUAACUUCCCGUCCGGCAGCAGCUGAUCAGAUCCCUGCAGAGUUUGUCGACAUGGUUACAGAGAUCAGAGGGUUCAGCGACCCUCAAAAAGAGGAGUACUUCAGGAAGAGAUUCAGUCGUGACUCUGGCCUUGCUGACAGAAUAAUUUCACACAUUCACUCAUCGCCGAGUCUCGACAUCAUGUGUCAGAUCCCGAUCUUCUGCUGGAUUUCCGCUGUAUUAUUCAAGGAGAUCUUUGAAGGAGAUGAGAAGGCCGACAUCCCGAAGACUCUUACAGAGAUGAUGGGACAUUUCCUGUUCGCCCAGAUAAUACGUAAACAUAGAAAAUACUAUGAGAAGACAGAGGAAAACAAAGAGCAACUGUGGAAGACAAACAAGGACUUGCUUCUGAAACUCGGCAAGCUUGCGUUCAUCCAGCUGCAGAAGAACAACCUCAUCUUCUACGAUGAAGACCUUCAAGAUAUUGGCCUAGACCUAAAAGAGGCAAUCAUCCACUCUGGAUUCUGCACUGCAGUCCUCAGGGAAGAAGAGGUCUUUUCUCAGAGAAAGGUCUUCUUCUUUGUGCACCUGACCGUACAGGAGUUCUUCGCAGCACUGUAUGUGUAUGACUGUUUCACAAACCAGAAAACAAAAGAGCUCAGCGACUUUCUUAAUCUGAAGGGCAAGAACCAUACCCUACUUGAUCUCCUGAAGCUGACAGUUGAGAAAGUGCUGGAGAAAAAGAACGGCCACUUGGACUUCUUCAUGCGAUUCCUCCUUGGCCUCAUGGUUGAAGACAAUCGUAGAGUUCUUAAGUGUCUGCUGGAAUCCCCAGACCCAAGCCAAGACACCAAAAAGAAAAUCUUAACUCACCUCAAGGCGAUACGAAGGACUCUUCCUCCAGAGAGUUGUAUCAGCCUCUUCCAGACCAUGGUUGAGAUGAGGGAUCACAAAGUCAAGGAUGAAAUCCAGGAAUACCUCAGAUUGCCAGAGCGUUCCAAAACAGAGUUGACUCCCCUGCACUGCUCUGCACUGGCAUACAUGCUGCAGGUAUCGAAGAAUGAUCUGGAGCUGUUGGACUUGAAGAGUUUCAACACAACAGACGAAGGAAGAAGGAGACUGAUACCAGCAGUGAGGAUCAGCAGGAAGGCAAAAUUAGCACUAUGCAAAGUGACAGAAGAAUGGGUUGAACACCUGGCCUUUGGUCUCAAGUUCCCCUACUUACCUUUAAGAGAUCUUGAUCUGAGCAACAAUGACCUGAAAGAUUCAGGAGUAAAGCUGCUCUGUGGUGGACUGUCCAGUUACUGCUGCAGACUGAAGAUACUGAGGUUGUCAGGUUGUCUGGUCACAGGAGAAGGCUGUGCUCAUCUGGCCUCAGCUCUAGAGUCCAACCCCUCUCAUCUGGAGGAGCUGGACCUGAGCUACAACAAUCUUGGUGAAGAAGGCGAGAAGAAGCUGUUUAAGCUGAAAGAUGAUCAACAAUACAAGCUCAAAAACAUCAACGUUGAUCAUGGUGGAAUUCACAGGAUGAAACCAGGAUUAAAGAAAUAUGCCCGGGAACUCACUUUCGAUCCCAACACAGCCCACAAUAAUGUCACUCUAUCUGAAGGGAACAGAAAGGCGACCUGGGAAGUGCAGCCGUGGCAUCCCCAUGACACAGCCAUGUUAGAUCAGAGCCAACAGGUGCUGUGUGAACAGGGUCUAGAUGGGCGCUGCUACUGGGAGAUUGAGGCAUUGCAGCCCUUAAGGAUUGGGUUAAUGUACAAACCCACUGGGGGGAAAGGGGAUGCGAAUGAUUGCAAGCCGGGAUACAAUGAUGAAUUUUGGUUUCUACAUUGCUCUAAAGAUGGUUGUUAUGUUCUGCACGACAACGAGAUAAUCAGUGUUUCUUCAUUCAGUUCACGCUCUAGUCGGGUAGGAGUGUACCUUGAUUGGCCGGCUGGCACUCUGUCGUUCUAUAAAGCUUCUUCUGACAGUCAAACCCGCCUCCAUACCUUUCAAACAACGUUCAAAAGCCCCGUCUAUCCUGCUGUUGAACUCCAAGCUGGUUCCUCUGCAUUACUAUGCCAGCUAACAUAAACAUGCUAGCACUGUUUUUACACGAGCAACGUAGGGUCGGAAUCAGUGGAGCUGUAUGAGGCAUUGAAACGAAGGGUCAUCCCCAGGAGAACCAACAGACUUACGAAAUCUUAUAAAAUACUUUCUAUGGUCUAAAAAAACAAACUUUCUAACAACCGAAUCAACUUUGAGAUGCAUAUCGUUAUUAGAAAUUGGUCAUAGACUUCAGUUUUUUAGAUUAGCACUUGUCUGCUGCUGUGUCUGCCUCACAGAACUCUGCUAGUGAAACGGGACGGGAGGGUCCGGGGGAAAGUGUGGAGAAAGGAGGAGAAGAGGGAGAAUAAAGAGCAUUGUUUUGUUCUGAAAAUCUGCUCAGAAAGUUGCACAGUGAACCUUUAAAGUUUCUCUUGUGCUGAAAAGUAGGAGUAAGAAAGUUCCUUAAGCAAGGCAGUAAAAGAACAAGACUUCUAAUUCAUUGAGGACUCAAGCUGUUUCUUUAUAGUCCAAUCUUUCAAAAGUCUACACCGGUAACUUUAUGAAGCAUUACAAGCUCAGUCGUUUUGUUUACUCGUAUAAACUUUAUUUUUGCACCUCAUGCUGAGGCAGAAAAAUCCUUGCUACUUUUUACUCGAAUCAUUUCAUCCUCCUUUUUUUUUACAUCAAUACAGAAUAUAGAAUGGAUUAACCAAUCACUGGGACUCGAGUAUGCUGCUAUAUAACAUCAAAAUAUAUAUUUGUUUUUGUGUCCGAACCCCACCAUAGUGUAACCUAAGUGGUGGCAUAUAAAAAAUGCAUGAUAUAAUCUUUUUUUUAACAUUUUUUCAGGGUUAUAACAUACUACAAACCAACCAUUGUCAUCUUUACAGAAAAUGUUAAAUGACCCAUGAUAUGUAGACUAUAAAAAGCAGAUUGUGUUCAAAGGUCAUACCAGUAUAACCUGUUGGUAUCAGUAUCAGCUGGUUAUGAAUUAUGUUGUAAUUGUUUGCAGUAUUCAUUGUUUUAGGUUUGGGGUCUGUUUGCUGAAACUUUUAUAUAUCAUAUAUAUUAUUUGAACAUUUUUGCAACACCAACAUUUCCAUCAAUAUCAUCUUUACUCAGUGUUAAGUGCAUAUUAGAAAAUGUUAGCCUGCUAUUCCACCUAAUGUAGAAGGUGGACAUAACAAUAACUUAACUGUUUAACGU